ACGGAACCGCGCGCCAUGCAAUGCGAUCGACUUCCUCCCCGGGGAAAUCGCGCGCGGUGCCGCCUCCGCUCCUCGCCCUCCUCGCUCUAUAUAUACGCGCCGACCCGUUCGCUGUCGUGCUAGCUAGCUUGCGGCACGCGAAACCUACUCCGACGGCACAGAGAUCUUCUCCUGCAAGAAAGAGCUAGAUCGAGCUAGGUGGGACGAAGGAGGGGAGAGUUCAGGAAGCAGAGCCGGCAGCCAUGGCGGUGGCCACCAGGAGGAGGUCGGGGCUCGUUCUCCCGGUGCUCGUGGCGGCGGCGGCGGCGGUGCUGCUGCUCGUGGCGGCGACCGGCGCGGAGGCGCGGCCCUUUGGCGGAGGCGGCGACGGGUGGGCGGCCACGGGAGCCGGGCCGCUGCCGGGCGGCGGCGUGUUCAUCGUCGAGACGCUCCGGCGGCUGUACCUGCAGCAGCUGGGAGGGCCGGGGGCGUCGUGCCAGACCAACAGCCCCAACAACGGCUGCCCUCCGUAGGACCGUGGCCGACGACGACGACGGCGGCGCAUGCACCUUAUGGGUCGAUCUGCUCAGCUCGCUUCGAAAGAUCUGAUGAUGAUCUCUCAUCGCGUGCCGAUCGGGCUAGCUGUGCGUGGAUCAUCGUGUCCGGAGACGCGCGCGAUCGAUGGACAAGGAGGCAUAUGGAUGGAGCUCUCGAUGGCUCAAUCCACUGGUUAUUCGUUGAUUGAUUGGUUUUUGAUAGCUUUUUUGCCCAAAUGGACGCGCAUGUUUUCAGUAGGACGGACGGUGGGGGCCAAUUUGUACAGACAACAUAUACAUGCAUGAUUGAAUAUUGCUUUUCUUAAUGAAUAAUAGAAAUGGUUUUACAGUACUUCU